AUGCUGUUUUUUUGGAACCUGACGUUCUUGACCAAAUGCCAAGAAUCCGUUCAGGUUGCCCUGGACCAGCACAUCCUUCUGGUGCAGAUCAGGGACAUGGCGAACAAACUGUGCAAGAGUGAUCAGAAUAAGUGCGGACCCAACACUACUGCAAUUCUACGGGAGGCUUGCGACAGCGUCCUUGCGGCAAGCAAUGUCACCAGAGAGGAAAUAGGCAUGCGAUGCACGGUCAGACUAUCAUUUCGUGAUCGUGGGAUCCGGUGCGUUAUCGAAACUCCAGUAUUGCCCUGGGAGGAGUCGUUGGUUUGGAGAGCGAGCCUGCUCGAGGGGAGAUCUGAUGGCUGGCACUCCCUGCGAGCAUGCUGGAUCGCACUCCUGCAGCACCCAGGGUACCGGCGCAAGGGGCCGCUGAGCGCAGAGCAGGCAGCCGGCUUCGUCGACGCGCGGCGGCACAUCGCAGAGCUGACCACGUCGCGCAUGUCAGAGCGGGAGCAGCGGAGGAUGCACAGCACAGCUUCGGGGGAGCGCGGCCGCCUGCAGUCGCUCUUCGCCCCCAACCCGCAGGGAGGGCCCGGCGCGCCCUGCGCCUCCAGGCGCGCCUGGGGUGCAGGCCGGAGGCGCAGCGCGCUCGCGCGGAGUCGCGGCGGCUGGAGCAGAGGCGGCGCUGGCUGCAGCGGAUUCCGCACCGCGACGCGACGAUGGAUGACACAAUGCAGGCGAUCCCAACCAUCUCAGCUAAGCAGCAUCGGCGCGGCUCUUUUCCUGGUGGUCGCCACCGUCGCUGCCGUUGUCGUCGGCACCAUCGCCCUCGUCAGAGUUCUUGUGCGAGGGCGGCCCGGACCGGACCAUUACUGUUCUUACCUGGGCGACGAACACAAACGGGUCUUACGCGAGAUGUCAUAG